AUGAAUAGUUCUCUCUUGACAACAGGAGUGCAAAGUAAAACUAACUUACAAAAGAUAUUCAUGGACAAGUAUUCUCUAUACGUACCAAACGAAGGUACCUUCCCAAAAGGUUAUAAAGUGGCCUCAAUUGCUACUGGUGUAAAACCUGAUGACAAGCUAGAUCUAGGAAUUAUACUGAACACAAACAAAUCGUAUAAAUCCUCUGCAGCGGCAGUCUUUACCACUAAUAAAUUCAAAGCAGCUCCGGUGCUCGUCUCGAAGAAAGUUUUAGAGGACAACAGUGGUAAAGAUAUUAAUGCCAUUGUGAUUAAUUCCGGUUGUGCAAAUUCAGUCACUGGUGAAGUGGGGAUGAAGGAUGCGAACGAAAUGAUUAAUCAAAUCAAUUCCAAAAUAGAUCAAGAAAAUAGUACUUUAGUCAUGUCAACUGGUGUCAUAGGUCAAAGACUAGAUUUAGACAAGAUCUCAAAGGGUAUCGAUGAAAGUUUCGAAGGGCCACAUUUCGAUGAUAGUUAUGAGUCUUGGUUGAAUCUUGCCAAAUCGAUUUGUACGACCGAUACCUUCCCUAAACUAGUGACUGAAACGUUCACAUUAAACUCAAGUGGUAAGGAGUUCACUUUGACAGGUAUUGCCAAAGGUGCUGGUAUGAUAUGUCCUAACAUGGCUACUUUAUUGGGAUUCAUUUUAACCGAUUUACCAAUCGAGAGUAACGCUUUAGGCAAAAUGCUAAAAUUUGCUACUGAUAGAUCAUUUAAUUGCAUUUCUGUAGACGGUGACAUGAGUACCAAUGAUACAAUCACAAUGCUAGCGAAUGGUGCGGUGGAGGUUGAGGAGAUAGACGAAAAUUCAAAAGACUUUUUACAGGUGCAGAAGCAAAUUACAAGAUUUGCUCAAAAAUUAGCACAGCUAGUGGUUCGUGACGGUGAAGGUUCUACUAAAUUUGUCACAGUUAAAGUAGAAAAUUCAUUGGUUUAUGAAGAUGCUAAGGUAAUUGCUGAAUCAAUUUCAAAUUCUAUGCUUGUAAAAACAGCAUUAUACGGCCAAGACGCUAACUGGGGUAGAAUUUUAUGCGCGAUUGGCUAUGCUAAAUUGGAUAAUUUAAAAUCACUGGAUGUUGAUAAGAUAAAUGUUAGCUUUAUUACUACAGAUAACUCUGAGCCUCGCGAAUUGAAGUUAGUCUCCAAUGGCGUUCCCCAAUUGAACAUUGAUGAAGAAAGAGCAUCAGAAAUACUGGCACUAAAUGAUUUAGAAAUCUUAGUGGACUUAGGCACCGGGAAAGAAAAUGCGAAAUUUUGGACCUGCGAUUUGUCUCACGAAUAUGUUACAAUUAAUGGUGAUUAUCGUUCAUGA